AUGAAUAGAAAGAAUCAGUACUAUGAACGGAAUCAAUACCAGUAUUGUAAUCUUCAUUCACCUGCUAAUCUAAGAUCAAUGGAAGUAAGUCAAUAAUGUCGUAGUUUCCUUUGAGGUAGGAAACUGAUACUCAAAUACAUCUUUCAUCCACAAGUGGGACACAGCAGUCUUGAAUUAGAAUCAAUUGUCUCAUUUGAAAGUUCAUAAAAUAAUACGAAAUAACAUUUUGAAAGGUUUGAACCCAGGAGUCAUUUCAUAAGUAGGUUGAGUAUGAUUGUCUGGGUGAACGUAGUCCUGAAUAAGGACUGUUGUUGUUGACAGUGACUGACGUUUCGACAGCCUGUGCGGUAGUCACCUUCAGAGUCAAAGAAGAUAACCACUGCACAGGUUGUCGAAACAUCAGUCACUGUCAACAACAACAGUCCUAUUCAGGACUACAUUCACCCGGACGAUCAUACUCAACCUACUUACGAAAUAACAUCAUUUAUCAUUGUUUUCUGAUACUUAUCUAUCGAUAGUGAAUUAUCUAUUAGAUAACAGUACCCAACGUUUGAAGAACCGGCUUAGAUGGUGCUGGAAACCAUUGAAAACUAUACGUAAAAUCUUGGACAUUUUUGAGAUAGAGCAAUGUCUUUCUAGACAUUCUCAAAAAAGUCUAUUUGAAAGAAUCUUUUUUUGUCAUGUGGUUCGAUAAGCUCUGUAUUUUGUGCGUCUCAGUCGUUUGCUUCAGAUCGCAUGUACGUAUGACUAGCCAUAUUUAUGCUGCCAAGGAAAUAAGGGGCUCAGUAAUAUGAUUUAUUAUCCUCAGGGCUCCUGCUCCUGUUAUUGAUAUUGCUGUUUUAGGUAAAUUCUGUGCUGAAGUCUUUUCUUAGUGUCUUUACCCAUGCAGAAAAGAAGAUAUCAAACAAUUUCAUCUGGGAGCAUAAAACUCAUCGCAGUACUCGCAUUUAUGAGGCUUAUCUCUCCCGCGUAGUUUCGUUCGUGUCCCUUUCUAGCGAAAGGAUCACUAAAGCCCCUUCCGCAAUGGUUGUAUUCAAAAGUUUAAUUCCUGUGUGUUUUCUUUCAUGCUUCAUCCAGUCGGAAGCGCUCAUCGGUAUUGCAAAGUUCCCACGGAUAAGGGAUUUCUGUCGUGUGAACUCGCUGGUGUAUCUUUUAAUUUUUUAGAGGAACAAAAUACUUAUAACAAUGCUUGCACUUAUGAGGUUUGUCUUUCGUGUUAGCACAAGUAAGCUUUGUAAAGUUCGUGUUUCUUUCAUUGAGCAAUUUAUGAAGUAAUGUACAUAUUUUAACAUUAAUCGCCGGGGUGCAAAGAACAAUUGACACAUCACCAGAAAUUGAAAUGAUAUUAUCAAUAUUGUAAGUUAAAACUCUUGGGUAAGGGUUGAGUUCAUGAAGCAAUGUAUAUUACUUAACAUUAAUCGUCGGAGUGGGGAGACCAAAUUACACAAUAAAAAAGAAACUUCACUUUACUUUGACACUAGACGAGAGCAGUAUUACUGGCCCACAAUAGGCCAAUUUUACGAUUACGACAAUUGACUACAACUAGCAGAAUUCAUUUCGAUUUUGCUUUCUUAUUUUAAUUUGUCAAUCCCGCUGAGGUUUAAAAAACAAUUUCCUCAGUCUGCACAAGAAAACAACAAACUGAAGCAUUCUGAUAGUUAAAGUAAAAUGACGUCAUCGUGCCAUUGUCCUAUUGGUCGUCACCCUCUAUCUCGGAUUAUAUUAAUUAAACCUUUAUCAUAUUCUUAACAUAAAGCUCAGCUAUCUGUAUCAAGCCCCUGAUGACCGCUUAAUAGAUAUGAAAGUAAUAGGAGAACAUUCGUUGAGAUGGCCAAAAGCGCAGGUGACCGCGGUCGCUUAGAAAUAUAGGUUUAUUUUAUCAUUCUAUUAGUUACCGCACUCUUAAUAGGUGGCCCCUUAAUGGAGAUUCAACUAUAACAAUAAUGAAAAAAAAAAUUAAAAUAAAAUAAAUAAACACAAAGCAGCAAAGCUUUACUUUUACGUCAGCCUGGGUUUAAAAAGUAAUACAUCACUUAACACACAUUGCCGAGGUGAAAUUGCAAUCACCCUAAUGACACAAUACAAAAGAUUGAAAAGACACCUCCAACAAUUUAAAAAAAAAAAUGCCUUAAAAGGCAGAGAAUAUUUAAGAAAAGAGCGGGCGGAGAUUUUCAAGGUCUUGGAAGUCAAGAAAUCAAAUUUCGAUUUAAAGGUAAGAAUUCAACUGACGAUUCAGUUUUUUGGUUUGUUUUGAGUUGUUUGGCUAUGUUUUAAACGCUGUUUUCUGAAUCGAAUUUCUCAGCAAAUUAAGAGGAUAUUUAAUAUGCUUUUAAAACUAAAGGUGUAUUUGCUUGAUUGACUUCAAAUUUGAAGGGAAAUUAGUUUCAACACUAAAAAUAUAACAGGUUUCUUUCAAACAAGUUAAAAAGCAUUUCCCCUCUACAUUCUGUUAACUAGAAGUAGCGCAUUGUGUCUGGCUCUAAUUCAGCUGUACAUUUAUUUUGCCAUCGGUUGUUUCAACCAGUUCAUAUAUAUGGGAAAGGUAUAUAUGGCUCAUCGUAUCUUUUAUCAAAACUCGAAAUAACCCUCCUGAUUCACAUUGUUCAACUACAGUAUUGUCGUAAGAAAUAAGAGCGAAAUUCGACAAAAUUGAAAAUCGCCAAGAAAUUUCGUUGAGCCACACUCGAUCUUUUAUUGAAUCAAACGAAAUUUCGCUGCCAUCUUGGCUAAAUUUCGCAUCCACUGAAGCGAGACUUCGUUUUUCCGAAAUUACGCCUUAGCAAAAAUUCGCCCCGGCGAAUUAAUUUUAUCAAAGCGAAAAUCCGCAUUGAUUAAAUUUCAGUGGCAUUAAAAGCGAAGACAGACGGAAUGUAAAGAGAAACUUUGUUGGGACUGUUAUUUUUACUGUUAUUUUCGCUGUAAUUACAAGGAUCGCUCAAAAGAAAGUCAAUCGAAGCUGGCCGCAGAGUUCGUUGCGACAAAUUUCGCUGAGGCAGACGUUCGCUGCCAUUGCGAAAAUCGCUUUUUUAAAAAAUUCAGUUAUCCUCUCCUCCAUAGGCUAAAGGAUCUAGUUAAUUAAUAUCGUUUUGUUGAACUCUUUUUCAUAACUUAAAGCAUUUAAGGGAGAGCGCAAAGUGUGACUCGAAAACGUAUUUUUUGGACAGAAUCUCUACCAUAAUCAUGCUUGAUUUCAUGCUCCUACCCUCUCCUUUUAUCACGAUAAAAUUAACUUUUUGAUUCAAUUUUACAAUAUAAUUUUGUUUGUGACGAAAAAAAUCAACGAUAAAAAUGUAACAUGAAGUACUCAAGGACUUCAUGCUUCGUCACUUAUCGUUGAUACUUCUUUUAAAACGUACACGAAGUAUUUUACCUGCUGUUUUAAAUGUAAGUUUCGUCAUCGUGUUGCAACAUGCUGACUAACUCUUAGCAAAAAACAGCCAACAUUUCGCGGCGCAGCCAUUGGUUUUCCAGCACAGGUUUCCCUGUGUAACAAGCGCAGAAAUUCCAUACUGAAGACGUGUCACUGUGCAGAUCUACUAGUACUUCUGCCAUUGGUGGUGUUGCAAGGGAAAUUUGCUUCAACCAAUCAGAAGCACUACCCAGAUCAUGGUAGUAACACGUCAUCACUAUGGAAUUUCUGCGAUCGUUUCUCAGACGUCAUUUCGAGAGGAAACCAUUGAUGGGGACUCGAAACGUUGGCUUUUUUCUCAGGCUAACAAAACCUAAAAUCACUACAAAGACAUUUCUUAUAUCAACUGUUCACUAGACACAAUAACGUCAUCUGCACUCCAAAGAUCAAAGCAGAAAAUGGAAGGCGGACUUACCAAAUCCCAGAUUACCAACUGCAUUCUUUCCAUCUUUGGAAUCUUUGGAAACACGCUGACUAUUCUAUUGUUUGCCGGUGACAAAAAGCUGUUGAAAAAGUUCCACAACGUUUUUAUUCUUUGUCAAUUUCCGAGCCACCUUUAACCUUGGGAAACUAAGGAAAGCACACGGUCCGAUGUGAUAAAACUAUUAUUCUCCUGCAAAUAAACUCAAUGAAACAUUUGAGACUUCGCACUUGGCCUAGCUUUGGUAACGGAAAAGAUCUUUUGUACCGGUAAAACACUUGGGGGCGGUUUGAGUGUAUGAAGUAAUGUACAUCACAUAACAUUAAUUGACAGGGGUGUAGAGGAUGCCGCCGGACCAAAUGACACAACACAAACAGUUGAAAUGACACUAACAUAUUGUAAGUUGAAACACUUGGGUACUGCUUAGGUUUAUCAAGUAAUGUACAUCAUUUAACAGUGUGAAGGAUGCAGAGCUCAACAAAUGACACAAUACCAAAUAUUGAAAUUGUAAGUUAAAACACUUGGGUACGGCUUAAGCUGACGAAGUAAUGUACAUCACUUAACGUUAUUUGCCGUGGUGCGAAGGAAAGUGCACUUACCAAAUUAGAGAAUACAAAAGAUUGAAAAGACACUAACAAUGAAAUAAAUAACAAAUAAAUAAAUAAACAAGAGCCGGCAAACGUUUCCUUUUCGUCUGGAAUUUAUGAAGUAACGUACAUCCCUUGUAAAUAGAAUAGGAAAGAGCCGGCAGAGGAUAGCAAGCAAACACUGCUUUUAAAGGUCUUGGAAGUGAGGAAGUUAUUCGUGCGUUUUGACCUAAAGGUAACUCAACUGAUUAUUCAGUUUGUUUGUUUUCUUAACGCUGUUUUCUGAAUCGCAUUUCUCCCGCAACGGAGAUAUCUAAAAAGCUUUUAAAACUAAACAUGUUUUUGCUCGAUUGUCUAGCCCUGAUCUUCAAAGUUGAGGGGAAGUUAGUUUAAAGACUAAAAAAUAAAAAAGUGACAGGGUUUUUUCCAAAAAAAAAAACAAAAAAAAAGUUAAAAAGCAUUUCCCCAAUGACUUCUCUGAAACUGGAAGUAGCACAUUGUGCAGUCUACCUCUAAUUCUGCUAUAAGCUGAUUUUGUUGCCGAAAAUAGUUUCGCCUUGGGGAAAAUUCGCACUAGCGGAAUUUUAGCAACACGAAAUUUUGCUGGCAAUAGAAGCGACGGACGGAAUGUAAAGAGAACCUUUGUUGGGAUCGUUACGUUCGCUGUGAUCGCUUAAAAGAAAAGUUAAUGGUAGCUCGUCAAAGAGGUCGUUGUGACAAAACUCGCUGAGGCAGAAUUCUGUUCGCUUCCAUUGCGAAGGUAAUUUUAAAAAUACUUAAGUUAUUCUCGUGUCCAUACCCUAAAGGAUUAGUCUUAAUAAUGAAUUCACUAGUUUUCACAGUAAGGCCAGUUGAUUCCGCUAUAUGAAUUCACUAGUUUUCAAAGCAAGGCCAGUUGAUUCCGCUAUCUGAUUUAUCGUUUAGUGAUGCCGGGUGUUUUGUUUUUAACUAUUUUAACUAUUCUCGUCUCCAUAACCUACUGGAUAUUAAGCCCCAAUAAAGAAAUAGUCUUGUUUUCACUCCAAGGCUAGUUUAAUAUAAUGCCGAUGUCUACUGAUUGACUCCGCUAACUAGUUAAGUGAUUUUACGGUCAUUGCACUUGACUUGCGUCGUGAAAAAUAGAGGCACCGAAAGUUCGCCGCUUUUUCGCCCAAAACGAAAGGUCGCAAUUUGCUCGCCCAUAUUAAAUUUCGGCGAAGUUCGUUCUAAUUUCUUUUGCACAAUACUGUAAGUCACCCAAUUAUCGGCAAGUCCAAAGGAUGUAUUGCAUUAGAAACCAUUAUUGUAAAAGAUAUUAAACACAAACAACAAUUGGCAACAUUUGUUCGAAAGGUCUUUGACAAAUAUCAAGGAGAGAAAUUACCAUUCAAGAAAAAAAAGAUAACUAUAAUAAUAAUAAUAAUAAUAAUAAUAAUAAUAAUAAUAAUAAUAAUGAUAAUAAUAAUAAACAAUAAUUCAUGAUAUCAUUUUGAUCGAACCUUUUGCAUAACUUUAAGAAUUUCUUAUGUACUACUCCAACUUUUAAGGGGCGAGUCCAAGUCUGUUACUAAAGUUAUAUGUUUUUUUCUAUUUUUAUGCAAAUAAAGUCAUUGACUCACGAAAGGCUUUACAUUUAGGCUAGUUUUUGCAUCAAAACACUUGGCUAUCUCUUAAGUUUAUCAAAGGCUGUGCGAUCACCACAUGACAAGACAAGCUGUAAGGACACUGAAUAACAAAACAACAACAACGACAACAACAGCAAAGUAACCCUUAUGGAGAAGAAAAUAAGAUAAAGAAAAAAAAAAGAAAGAAAAUUAUAGAGUUUGCUGCUUUGUUUGACUUUAAUGGUUAAAGAAUUCUCUACACAAAAGAGGACGUAAAAAUUGUGUCCUCGAUUAGUACUUUGAUGCUGAAUAUAUUGACACUCUUAUAAAAAGUGCAAAUGGAUUACACAACGAUCACCAAAUGUGCCAAUUUAAAAUUUUAUAUAUUUUUGCGUCUAAAAACAGCGAGUAGUCUAUCAGUUUACUUGAGCAGCGUUUUACAUAGAGACAAAACUGAUAAUGCACACUCACAAUUUUCCACCAAUUGUGAUAAAUGGCAAGGAACUAUCAGUAUCAAACAGUGUAAAAAUCCUAGGAGUCACUAUUAGCUCAGAUUUAAAAUGGAACGAACACAUCUCAGAGUGCAUUAAGAAAGCGAACAAGCGCCUUUAUUUUAUUGUUCUUCUAAAGCGCGCCAACGUUCCACUGAGCGACAUUGUAAAUUUUUACUGCACCGUGAUAAGACCUGUUUUAGAGUACUGUGCGCCAGUUUUCCACCAUGCGCUUCCACAGUAUCUUAGUGACGACAUCGAACGAGUGCAAAAGAAAGCGCUAUCCAUCAUUUGUCCUUAUGCGUCGUAUUCAGAAUGUUUGGUCAGGUUCGAUUUAGUAACCUUGCACGCUAGACGCGUGGCUCUGUGUAGCAAGCUUUUCGAGUCUAUCACGUCAUGCCCGGAUCACAAACUCGUGCCUAUCUUACCUCCUAAGAGAGAACACAGACAUAAUCUAAGACAGUCCAGGGCUUAUGCCAUGCCCCGUACACAUACAAAUCGUUUUAAGAACACUUUUAUUCCAAGUAUGUGUACAUAAAUUUUUAGACUAGUUUGUACAUAGUUAUAUAUAGAGAGUUUUUCGCAUUUUUAUAGAAAUGGUUUUUGUUAUAAUUUCAAUUAGUAUUUAUUUUUUUGGAAUUUAUUUAUUCUUAGUUUUAAGUAAUUGUAACGCAAUUCAGUCUACGGACUGCCAUGUUCGAUAUUUUAAUAAACUAUCUAUCUAUCUAUCUAUCUAUCUAUCUAUCUAAUUGACAAAAAAUAGACAGUAAAAUAACUACCUAAGAAAAACUAACAAUCUGACAAACUGAGUUUUUCAACUUGCUAAGUCGUGAAAUUCAACGAAACAGUGCAAGUAUCAGUUUGUUUGGCAAAAGACUUAAAAAAUUCCUUCUUUCUUAGUCAAAUAUACUCUUUGUUGAGCUACAUACAUUUUCUUUUUCGUUUCUUUUCUUUACUUUUAAAAAUAACCCAUUUUUCAUUCAGUAACCUUAACUCACAUGGUGUAACCUAUAGUUCCAGAAAGCCUAUACUGUAUAAGCCCCCAGCUUCUAUGUAGGCUUCCUCGUCAUUGCCACUUUAAACAUUUAAUUUUGUAAAUAAUCUAGCUAGAAUAGUGUAUAUUAUCUUAAAUGUAUUAUAAAUUUCUUGUAUAUUGUUGUUGUAUCAUAUGUGGUUAAUGACAAGUGAAUGAAUGAAUGAAUGAAUGACCCACAGUAACAUUUCUUCUAUGAACUAUUCACCAGACACAAUAACUUAACCUCACCUACUCUCCCCUGAUAAAAGAAGACAAUGGAAGGUGGACUUACCAAAUUCCAGAUGACCAACUGCAUUCUUUCCAUCUUUGGAAUCUUUGGAAACACGCUGACCAUUAUGGUGUUUGUCCGUGACAAAAAGCUGUUGAAAAAGUCCCACAAUGUUUUCAUUCUUUGCCUUGCCAUAGCAGAUGUGCUGACCUCCAUCCUCGUGCUCACAAGCCGGGGCUUUGGCCUUGGUGACCUCUAUCCUCGUCCAACUAACAUAGUUCUAGGUGAGAUCUUCUGCCGUUUUUUCUGGAGCCGUGUUUUUAUCUUUCAGCUCGUGUUUUUCUCCGUUUACAUCACAUUGCUGUUAGCAAUAGAGCGGUGGGUUGCUGUUGUAAAGCCUUCUAAAUAUCAAAUGGCCUUCAAGGGAAAGAGACUUACUGGAUACAUCGUGUUCUGUUGGAUCUGGUCAUUUAUUCUCAAUUGGACGGGGAUAGCUGAUGCCAACUUUGAACCAAAUAAUUCACCCUCCAAAGACGUCUGCGUAUUCAGAUUCGUUUUGUCAGGCUCUUUCUCCCGCAAAUUCCAACUUGUAUUCAAUAUCUUCUUCAAGAUGUUCCUUCCUUGCCUUUCCAUGAUUGGAUUGUACGUCCACAUGAUCGUGACGACGAAUAACUCCCCAGUUGCGUCUGCGGAGAGCAAGGCCAAACUACGAGGAAAGAUGACAAAAAUGGUCGGUAUUAUGGCCUGUAAUUUACUCAUAACUUUCUCCCCAAAUCAAUUUUUUUAUACCCUUGCAGUUGUGGGAAAAGCACAACUAGAUACUCCACUCCACCAUUUCACAGCUUUUCUCCUCUUCACUACCAUCUGCGUUAAUCCACUUAUUUAUGGAAUAAGCAACGCCAAUUAUCGCCAGCGCUACAAGAAGCUUUUGUUUCGCGCAUGUUUCAAACGGUUCUCGGAGGACGCCAAUAUCCCUCUGAGGUUUGUGAGAGUUGGACCUGCAAGAUCAGAACCACCUGCCACGAAUGUAGAGAAUAUUACUGACAGUCAAACUUAAUUGCUGCAUGGUUAUUUAAAAGAAUGUGUAUAUUCCCAACCAGUGAAUGGUUCAUCCUCGGAGACCCAGGGGCAGUCAGUCGGGCCGGGAGAAAAGGGGCGACGAAAGUUCUCAAGCACGGGCGGAAGAGCCCCUGAGUACCGACUCUCACAGGACCAUUUCCAAACGGUCAAGCGAAUGCUGGCUCCUGAUUGGGCACAAAAAAUGCUUUGUAUUAUUGUGCCCAAUCGGCAAACACCAUCUCCUGAGUUCUUUAUGCGAGUUCGCACAUGACGGCAAUUGACUCGAUCACAGCUUGUCUGGCUCAUGCACCGAAGAAAUGCACGCAGUCAGGAAACUUUCAGUUUGAUAUAAACUAUCCAUUUCAAAAUACUGUCUAUCCGAAAACUAAAGACGCUUUUCCGAAAAUACAAGCUUGAGCUUACAACAGGUAUUCACGCUUGCAUCGAUCACGUCUUGGUAAAUAUUAGGAAGUUCAAGAUACCACGACUACUGACAGCCACGAAAACGUCGCAUGAAAAGUGAAUUCACAUUUUUUAAGUCUCUAUCGUGAUUAUUCCAACUCGCUUACUUUGUUAAAUAAAAGCGAACUCUUCUGGAGCUGAAUUUCUAAAGAGAAAGAAAAUAGGUGGUUUUCACGUUACGUCAUCGCCGCCAUGCUGGUGGAUGGUAAACAAAAGAUCGCUCGUUAGCCCGCUUUGUUUGUCCACCAGCAUUUGUUCAUUUCACCAUUGUUAUUUGUGUCUCCCGAGAUUGCAUGAAAACCAUCUAUUUUGUCACUCAUUGCUUGUUUACGUCCUUCACAAAACGUAAAACUAGGCUUUUUCACGUGGUAGUCCUCCAGUGACGGCAAAGAAAUGUACAACAAAGCGUGAUGCACGUGCAAAGUUGUCGUUUUGCCUUGUCAGUCAAGCUAUUGCUUUUUUUGACUUCUUGUCCGGCGCCGUCGCAUCUUAAACUUCCUAUUAUUUUAAUACGAUACAUUGUGAUCCGUCAGAAAAAUAAUUUUCUCAGUGCAAAUUAAAUUGCUCCUGCUGAUAGCAUCCGAAACGUUUUUCGGCUCAUCGGUAGUUCCUUUGUCUGGUUAGGAAAGCUUGGUGAACGAACCGGGCAACUGUGGCGAGAUAAUAGCGGUAGUGUACGAACUCACGAAAAUAACUCAGGAGAAACUGUUCGCCGAUUGGACGCAAUAAUACAAAGCAUUUUUUGUGCCCAAUCAGGAGCCAGCAUUCCCUUGACCGUUUGGAAAUGGUCCUGUGAGAGUCGGUACCCAGGGGCUCUUCCGCCCGUGCUUGAAAACUUUCGUCACGCCCAUUCUCCAGGCCCAGCUGACUGCCCUUGAGUCUCCGAGGAUGGUGAAUGGUUAAGUAAAGCCAAAGUAGAAUAUAUAUUGGAAUAUAUUGGAAUAUAUUGAAAUAUAUUGAAGACUCAAACGUCAAGAUCACGUGUAAAUAGCAUUUAAGGCAGUCAUUUAAACAUUGUCAGAAUUCCUGUAAAUAACAAGUAAAUCAAAGAAGAGAGAGACUUUGUUGACCAUGUAAAUACUAAGGAAAUCGAAAUCGGGCAACUAAUUUUACCUUGUAAUACAAUUUUAAAUUGAAUAGGGGAGAUUGGUUUGACCCUGGAGGAGAAUGAGAAAAUCUAUUUGCCCCUGUAUAAACCCUUUAAAUUGAAAUAGGGGACUAAUUUGACUCUGACCAUAAAUUCCCUGUAAAUUGAACAAAGGACACCGUGAAACCAUGUAAAUAUCACCGCCGUGUACAUCGAUAAUGUAAAUGGAUAAACAAAGCUAACUGAUUUAUGUAAACAGUAUGUCGUCACUUGUUGCUUGUGAAAGUUGUGACGUAGUAUAUAGAGUAUUCUCAUGAUUAUAAUUACGGACUUCAAAAUCACUUGCUUUAUAGAAUAAAUACUACUACUGUAGAGAAUCAAUAUUGACAUUGUAAUCUUCAUCCACCUUCUAGUCUACAGAUAAUAAACUGUAAUGUAAGGAAUAUGCAAACAAGUCUAUGAACUUGUUAUUUUCUUUUCCUUGAGGAUACAAACUGUUGUCAAAAGACAUCUGGCAUCCACAAGGGGGACGCAAGAGUCAUGAUGAACAUCAAUUGUCUCACUAGAAGGUUCAUAUAAUAGGAUAUAACAUUAUGCCUUAUUGUCUUCUACCAUUUAUCCGUGGAAAGAAAUUUAUCCGUUAGAUAGCACUACCCGACGCUUGAACAACCGGGGUGAAAUGGGUAUGGGUUGUGGCGGACACCAUUGUUACCUCUAAAAUCUUGUCACUCUGCCCAGAAAGACUAAGCGAUGUCUCCAUUGUACUUCUCAUAAUUGUCCUACGUCAGUUCCUUUGAUAAACCCCUUAAUCCGGGUGUAGAAAGUGGGUCCAGUCCUUUUCCUCCGAUCGCAUGUGUGACUACAUCGAUGACGGGUGGUUUGGGAUUGCAAAAACAACAACAAGUAGGUUGAGUAUGAUCGUCAGGGUGAACGAAGUCCUGAAUAGGACUGUGGUUAUUGACAGUGACUGACGUUUCGACAACCUGUGCGGUAGUUAUCUUCAGAGUCAAAGUGAGUUGUAUCACGUCAGCUGAUGGUAUUAAACUCUGGUUAUUGACCAGAUUGGUCAACUAAGUCGCGAUGUUAUUGUUCGUCUGUCAGUAAUAAUAAUAAUCAUAAUGAUAAUGAUGAUGAUAAUAAUAAUAAUAACAAUAAUGAUUUCAUCAUUUUACCACAACAUAUCCUCUCUCAACCAAGCACGCACAUCAAGAAUGCAGUUCUCCAGUGCAGUCAUGGUUUUUUGAGUUCGCUCAAGCUAUCAGAUGGUCUGAAUGACAUAUAA